AUGUCUCUUUGCGCAAGACGAUUAUCAAGAGGCGUUCGGCGGGUCUCGGCCGAGCCCUCUGCGGGCUAUGCGACGACGCGGUGUUUGAGCACGCGUAUAACUACACUGGAGCCAAGAGUGAGGAGUCUCGACACAGCUUUCCGCACUCGAUCAACACCUUUGUCAUACUCAAUCAUGUCGAACACGCAAACACGAGCUGCAUCCAGCAGCACACAACCGCAAUGGACGGCACCAGACACAUCAUCUCGACCAGUCGCCGUUCUAGGCGGAGGAGUCCUCGGUCGACGAAUCGCCGCCUCAUGGGUCGCCGCUGGCUAUGAGGUCGUGUUGUGCGAUCUCAGUGACGAGCAGAGGAAUGCCGCGACACACUACAUCGAACACCACAUGGACGAAUUCUCGAAACUUACUGGAAACGCACGGAAACCAACGCAAUUCAAGACUGUCAAAGACAUUGCAGAGGCAGUCAAGAACGCGUGGUUGGUGGUUGAAGCAUUACCAGAGAAGCUUCCGUUGAAGAUCGAUAUCAUGGGCCAGCUUCAACACCAAGCACCGAAGGAUUGUAUCUUAGCUUCCAACUCUUCGUCGUACAAGUCGCGGUUCAUGCUCGAUAAGGUGGACGCGGGUAGUCGGCAUCGCGUUUGCAAUAUGCAUUACUACAUGCCUCCUGGUAACAACGUUGUCGAGCUCAUGACGUGCGGUGAGACGCAUGCAGACAUUCUGCCGUUUCUGCAAAGCAAACUUCAGGACGCGGGCAUGACACCAGCCAUCGCGCGGAAGGAGUCGACCGGUUUCAUCUUCAACCGGUUAUGGGCUGCCAUUAAGAGGGAGAGUCUGCUCAUCAUGGCGGAGGGCGUUUCGGAGCCGGAGGAGAUCGACAGGCUUUUUUUGACGAUGUUCAAGGAUAACCCGGUUGGACCUUGUGGAAUGAUGGAUGCGGUCGGAUUAGACACGGUUGCGUUCAUCGAGAACAAUUAUGUUGAAGAACGCGGCGGCGAUCCCACAGCGCGGGACUGGCUCCAGAAGAACUUUGUCGAGAAGGGCAAGCUCGGCGCGAAGUCUGGCAAAGGCGGUCUGUAUCCCGCUGGUGAGACGACGCGCAGCUCCAAAGACGAGAGCGGCCAUCACGACAACCUCGCGGCGCCCAGACUGUACUUCCUCGACAUUGGCAUUGGGGGCAAUGUUACCGACUUGCAGAAGAUGGCUACCUCCGGCAAGAUCAUGACAGCUUCAGCGGACGGAAGCAAUGUGCGCGAGAUUGUGGGUGGCCAAGCCAUGCCAGACGGUAUCGACGUGUCCAUUUCAGCUGGUCGCAUCUUCUGGACAAACAUGGGCGCGUCUCCCGCGAAGAACAACGGCAGUGUCAUGUCCGCGAACCUCGAUGGCACCGACGUCCAAGCUAUCAUCCCAGAAGGCCAGAUCCACACACCGAAGCAGCUUAAGAUCGACCACGAGAACAAGAAGCUGUACAUUUGCGACAGGGAAGGCCUGCGCGUCCAUCGAUGUGACUUUGACGGCAGCAACCACGAGAUCAUCGUGCAGACUGGCGACUCCAGCUCAGCGGAAGGAGAAGACCAGACAAACUGGUGUGUUGGUAUCGCGGUCGAUCCUCAGGGCGGAAAGUUUUACUGGUCUCAGAAGGGCCCGUCGAAGGGCGGCAAAGGCCGCAUCUUCCGCGCAAACAUGCAGAUGCCUGCCAACGAGACAGCAUCCUCCCGCUCCGACAUCGAACUGCUCCACGACCACCUGCCUGAACCCAUCGAUCUGGAAUUCGAAGCUGAGAGCCAAACGCUGUACUGGACCGAUCGCGGCGAGUACCCACUCGGCAACACGCUGAACAAGGCGUAUGUAGGUGCCGAGACGAAGGAGGAACAAGGUGUUGUAACGCUAGCGAGACAUUUCCACGAGCCGAUUGGAUUGAAGAUUGACGCGGUGAACCGCCAUGUCUACUUGACUGACCUUGGUGGUACCGUGUACAGGUUCGACAUGGACGGCGGGAGGAAGAAGAAGAUAUACGAGACGGACAGCGCGUACUCUGGUAUCGCACUUGCGCACCUGCACUGA